AUGGCUUCCCUCAAAGCCAGCCCCCGGCUCGGCAGCACGGGGAGGGGGACAGGGGGGCUGAGGGAGCCGAGGGCUGGAGCCGUUCGGAAGGGGAAGGAGGAAAAGAACCGCGGCCGCCCUUCGGGGAGCCCGCGGCGGGGCCGCUGCCCCCCGGGGGUCGCCCUGAGGCGGGGGGAAUGGCGCAGCCGCGCCGCGGAGCCGGGAGGCAGCCUGAGGGGGCGAAACGUGCCGCAGGAAGCGCUGCCUCCCCCCGAGGACGAGCCCGGGGACUCGGCGGGUGUGUGCGGUCGGGGUGGCUGUCGGAUCCGUUGGGUUUUAGGGCGGUCAUUACAGGGUCCCAGCUGGGAACGACCCUCCCGCCCCGGCGACUCUUCCCCCUCGGCGCCGGGUGACUGGAAGGAGAGGAGUCAGGACUACCCAGCUGAUUUUUUUCGGAGUCGAGGUAAUGGCUGAAGUCGGUCGGUGGGAGACAGCUGGAGGCCCACGGCAGUGCCAGGGGGCUGCCCAGUGCCCAUGAGCUGAUCCCGAGCCUCUGCUGCCUUCGCCGGGAUGGGGAACAGUGGCUCCGCCGUGAAGGUCUGCGCAGAUCACCAAGGAGGCAUCAACUGGCUGAGCCUCAGCCCCGAUGGGCAGCGCCUGCUCACGGGGAGCGAGGAUGGCACCGCGCGGCUCUGGAGCACAGCCGACAGCCAGUGCCACGGCCACUUCCAAGGACAUGAAAGCUACAUCACCUUCUGCCACUUAGAAAACGAGGCUGCCUUCACGUGCAGCGCCGACCAUACCAUUCGGAAGUGGGAUGUGGUGACAGGCCAGUGCCUGGCCAUUUACCGAGGACACACCUCAAUUGUUAACAGGAUCCUGGUUGCCAAAGACUAUCUCUUCAGUGGCUCCUAUGACAGGACAGCCCGCUGCUGGAGUGUGGACAAGGAGAAACAAAUCCAGGAAUUCCGGGGCCAUCGGAACUGUGUCCUGACUCUAGCUCACUACUCCUCCAAGGAUGUCCUCGAAGAGGAGGAGGAGGAGGAGGAAGAGGAGGAGAAAGUGAGCAGAGACCUCCUGGUGACAGGUAGCACGGACUGCACUGUUAAGGUCUGGUGGGUGUCCAGCGGGCGCUGUUACCAGACUCUGCUGGGACACACUGGGGCUGUCUUAUGCCUUAUACUUGACGCACCAAACAGGGAGCUGUUUUCUGGCAGCACGGAUUACACCAUUCGAACGUGGAAUAUUGUCACUGGUGAGCAGUUGAAAGUGUUCAAAGAGCAUCAAGGAUCCAUAAUUUGUCUAGAGCUGGUGAAUCGGCACUUGUAUUCAGGAAGCACGGACAGGACAGUGAAGUGCUGGUUAGUAGACACUGGGGAGCGGAUCCAAACCUACAAGGCUCACAAGCACAGCGUUAGCACUUUGAAAUACCACGCCGGGAUCUUGUUCACAGGAAGCGGUGAUGCCUGUGCGAGAGCUUUCAAUUCCAGGAGCGGCGUCCUGCAGAAGAUCUUCCGAGGACACAAGUUCAUCAUCAACUGCAUCCAGAUCCACAACGAGUUGCUGUACACGGCUUCCCACGACGGCACGCUAAGGAUUUGGGACAUCCGGGGGAUAUGCAAGAGAAAUAAGCGGCGCUUGAAGAAGGAGAGGUCUGCGCAGGGCAGGGGCUCUCAGAAGGGAAGCCUGUCUCGUCUUUUCAACAACAAAGUCGGCUGUAUGGUACAGCAGGAGAACGGCGACCACGAGACCGUUGAACUAAUGUGACUGUCUGGAACGGACUUCUCAUCGGUGACCAAAGCUGAACCUUUUGUUUUCUGCACCACUGUGUCCAUGUAACCCAGAACUUGGGAAGAGAUGGGAAACUGCUUUGCUUGAACUUUUGAGGAGCCGGGAUUGAUUCUCUGGGACUGGCAGAUGGACUCAAGUCAGGCCGCCCCUCCAGCUGACUCUCGGCUCAGCAGUACUGGGGGCAGGAGGGGCUACGGGGGGGGGGCAGGUGAUGUCUCCGUGCUGGGUGUGUAAUUAAGGACUUGAUUUACAACUGUUUUUUUUACAAUUUUCUCUGGCACAGAGGCAUUGCACUCUUCUGCCUAUCUGGUAUCUAAUGAGAAGCGUUUCCUCCUGUUCCUGUCACCUGUUCGCAUGCCCUCUGUUCCGCUGAAUGUAGAAAGUGAAGGUGCCUUGCAGUGGGACUGAGUGCAACUAUCAAGGCUUACCUUUGGCUCAUGUUUUUGCUGAUCAGACUGACAAAGGCAGGAGGAUACAGCCUAGCAGGGAGGAGUUUAAAGCAGACUGGACACCUCUCUGGGAAGUUGAGAGUAUCAGGACAGAGAUGAAAUUGCUAAAUGAGAGACCAAUCCACGCCUCAGACCUUUUGGGCCACGGCACAGCAAGGUCUCCUCCCAGCAGGCUCAUGGGUUCGUCCUCUAUCUUUUAUGAUCUUUUAUUAUGUUCAGCAAAGGAAGCAUCAGUGGCUUCAUGUGCAUCUUGUGUGUGCUGCCAGGGGUGCACACGCUGCCAACCACCUGUUUUUCCCCAGGCAAUUUCCCAGAUGGGAAACUCCUUACGUGCGUCUGGGAUGGGCCUCGGCGUGGCUGGGGCUGGAAGCUGGUCAGCGGGCAUCGCAUCUACAGCUGCACAACUUCCGUGGGCAGCCUGGCUGUCCUCAUGGGGAAAAGGUGUUGCUUCUAUCUACAAGGAGCUCCGAACGUGUUUUUGAGGCAAAACAGGAAGAUUUAUUGCAUGCUGCAGGAAAGAGCUCUAGGUUUGUCAUCUUUCCUCCUUACGCGGUUAUGCCUGGCCUUGGUUUGCUGACAGUGUCGCUAAGCAGUUGAAGUCGAGGGUACUUCUCCCAGUCUUUUUCCAGGUUCAUUCCUUUCUGAUAACCACUGAGCCAUGAAUAAACAAGGGUUCUUAUAUUUUUCUAUUUGUGGAUAUAACUCUUUGUAGACCCAGUACAAAAAUAGCUAACCACAUGUUUUUAUUUUUAUGGCUUAUUUAUUCUGUACUACGGCAAGAUAAAAAUGCUGUAAUUCCUUUUUAGAAUGGACUAAUAAACAUGUGGCAUUUACAGAUAA